UCGCUUAGGCCACCGGAGUAAACAGGGCGGCAUGAGCGGGCCCUGCGGGCCGCGGCCGCCGGCGGCUCCCGGCCCCGGCCCCGGCCCCACCGCCUUGGACGGGCUUCUGCGGCGCCUCCGCGACAGUGAAACCAAAAGGCUGGAAUUAGAAAGUGAACUGAUUGAGUACAGAAAAUCUGAUGCGUACACAGCGAAACUAAAAUACAUGAAGCUGAAAAAGUACUUGAAAGAAAUAGAUGAACGGCAAAAAAUGGCAGUUCUGCGAAACCAGACAUUUUUAAAGGAAUUCAACCAAUUUGAAGCUCAUAUGAAAACUUCAAGUUCAGAGAUAAUUCGGAAGAUGGAAGUACAGUAUGGAAGAGAAAUUAAAAGUGUGUUAUUGCUCCAAGGGAGUAGCUUGCCGGCACAAGAUGAUGAAGAAUGCAGUAAGAAGGUGCCGCUGGUUGCAAGACAGGCAGGCAUUAACACUGGGACAGCCAUGUCAAGAGGAUUGUAUCAUCCAGCAACGAUCUUUAUGGGCCGCCAAAUGUCAGCCAUCUCAAGCACUGAAGAUUUCAGUAUACAGCAGAAAUCUUUCCAGCCCACAAAGAGCUUUUCAAUUUCUGACCCACAUUCAUGCAGACAGGCAGCACAGAGCAGUAAUGUGACAGACAGCUGUGUAGUACAAACUCAUAGUGAUAUGCAGUGCUUAAAUAAGCCUGACAAAAUAGAUGUGGAGACAGAUCUCCAGAUGGGUGAGAAAAUGCCAGUCACAUCCUUUAUAUCAUCUGAGAAUGGAAGAACUCACUGCUUAGCAAUAGAAAGCAAUACAAAUAACAGCCGAAUUAAUUUAGCGGAAAGUGAAAAAUCUGCUAAACUCAACCUUCUGACACAUCAAAGAUUAAGUCCAGAGAGCAGAACCACUGAUUUAAAAAGUGACAGUUCUAGCAGAUCUGUAAAGGAAGCAGUGACGUCUGAGCACUUUGUAGGAGAUGAAGAAAGAUCUAAACAGCCAGUUUCCUUGGCAUCUACUCCUGAACCAAUUGUUUCUGAGAAAGACCAUCCACAAGGAAGUUUACCAGAAUCAGAACAUAAUGUGAACAGUUGUGCUUCUAAACAAAUGGGUUCAGAUAGCAGCAGUGACCUCACAGUUUCUGUGACUGAAGAGGAUGAGAUUAUAAAUGCCACUGAACCACAGCAGAGUCUAGAAGACGUGUAUAGCGAGAUGGCGUUAAAAUCAGUAAACUCAGAACAAGAAAGACACACCCAUUCUGUAGAACAUUUUUCUUUGCAAUCAUCAAAUCUUCGUACAGCAGAGGAAGAACCCUCAGUUAGCUCAGCACCGGAAGGGAACUUUUUGACUUUCGAAGGAUUCUCUCAUUUACUGCAAUUCAUAGAAGAUUUGGUUGAAAUGGCAAGCCCAAAAUGCUUGGCAUUAUACCAGAGAGGAAGCACAAGUGCUGCAAAGAUGGAACAGCUAAUAAGCUCUUGUAAUCAGACUGGCAGUUUGAAAGAAGAAGACCUUGAAGCAUGUGAAGCAGUUGUCCUUCAUCAGCUUCAGGGUUUAUUACAUAGCAUACUGAAUGGAUGCCUCUUACCUGAGAAAACACUCGAUGUUAAAGGUAGAACUAUGGGAGAAAACCAAAUCAGGUCAGGCCAGCUAUUGGAUCUUGCCAUUUUAUGGGCUUGUUUGAGCAAACAUGCCUUGUUCUUGAAAAAGCACCGUGUUUUGCUUACUGACGAAGUAGCAAAGAUGUUCGACGCCUUGCUGAUUUCGGAUAAAAAUGUAGCAGAUGCUCAGGCUCUACCAUUGAGAGAGGUCCUUCCAGAAGAGUGUGAAGAUAGGUCAUCUAUUCAGAGUAAUGAAUCACCUUACAGCUUGCCAUCAAUUCUAAACAACAGUGGUGAAAUAAAACAGGCAAAACAUGCUCCCUGGCUUGACAGCGUUGGUACAAGGGAACAAGAAAUCACAAGCUGGUGUGAAGAUGAGAGCAAGGAAGAAAACGUGGUAGAAAAGAUUCCUAUUACAGGUGGCAAUAGUUCUGGAACAAAGAAAAGGCAAGAAAUGAGUUCAGAAGCUAGUUUGUCAUCUGAUGAAAGAAGUCGUCCCUUCUCAAGGACUGAAAGCAGGAAGGAGAUGGUAACUGCUAUAAAAUCCAAAGCUUUCUGGGGCGAAUCUGAUGACAGCGACUCUGAGAUUGAGGCUGCUCUGCGUCCACAAACUUACAAUACAGAAGCAGAUGAAUUCGAUGACUUCUAUGAUUAAGAUGCCACUGGUUGCUUUGGGAAAAAAUAAAGAGUAUCAUUUUGCACAGCUUGAGAGUGCUGUUGUCUACAGUACAGCUCAUCACUGUAUUUUGUAUUUAGUUUUUUCUUUGACUGUAAAUAUUACUCAGUACUACACAGAGCCUCCUUGUUCAUCUGCUUUUAACUGCUCCUCCUUAUCUGAAGAAAAUCCUGCUAGUAAGACCAAGCCUAUUUGUGAUGUAUUUUUUUUUCUUGGGGAAAUAAAUGAAAAUGCAUGCUUGGA